AUGGCACAAACCCGAGAGUGUACAUCUUUAUGGAAACACAACACUCGUCUCGCGACCGCUAAGUGAUUGUAUUGCUCGCUCCCGCCGUCGUCGUCGGCUACCGGGCAUAGUGGAGCACUUUCAGUACGGCACUUGAACUGGAUGCUGAGAGGCGCUCCAUCAUUGACCGAGUGUAAAUCAUCACUGAAUCGUGAAGCGAAUAUACCGACGCGGGGCGGGACGCGAGGAAACAAUAAUAGCAAAUUUAUCAAUUUUAAUCCGCGAUCGUGCGUCGCAGCUCGGCCGUUGUCGCAUUGGGCCGCUGACCAUCCCGAAUUCCGAUCCCGGCACAGUUCAGUGCGCUGUGGAUUAUCGACGGUUUGCGUUGUCGGGAAGAAGUUGCUAUGAACUCGCAUUGAUAGCGCAAAUCUCGGAAACCAGUGAGUGACGGGUGUGAACGGGUUCCCUCCCGUGUGAGAGGUGUUUUGCUUACGCGUACGAAAUCGAUUUGUGACGUCAAACGGGCCUUCGCGUGGGAAUUCAUCGACAGGUGGAACAUAGCGAUUAUCCUGAGUGGUACUGAAUUGGCGGAAAGAAAUCUUUCAUAAUUUGCCACCAGUUGUUGAAAAGUGUGCAAGAUUGUUAUUGCUGCAAUUGAUGCAGCCCCAGCCAGUGCAGUGGAAUGUGGUCAUCAUUUCCGAGUGCACUUUACUGUUUUAAGAAAAUAGCAGGCGUCGAAAGUGAUAGUAAUCCCAAAGAGGCGUGAGUGUGUAAAUAAUUACAAUCGAUCACGUCACGAUCAUGCAAUACAAAGGAAGCUCCAAAUUACAAAAGUAAACAUCAAUCGCAUCGCAUAUAACGAGAGAGACGGUUAGUUAUGGAGCUGAAGAACGCAAAAAAUUACACCAAGAAGCAAUCGCAAGACAAAGUGACCGGCUGCGAAUUGGGCAUAAACGAGCAGACCGGGAGGUUACAGUGGUGCCCGGGAUAUCGGUUCGCGAAACUGCUGUUCGUGAUACCAGCUGCGAUGCUGCCACUGGUGCUGCUCUUUUGGCUCUUCACGCGACUGCAUGUGGUCGGGUCAGUGAAACUUACAGCCCAUCAUUAUCAGCCGCUAAGCUUGUAUUCUGAUCAAUCGAAUUUAUUGGAUGACCCACAAGCUCGUUGCAAACCAGUGCGAAGGUUAUUCCCCGAAGUGAUAGACGUCGAAGAACGAGACAUUCUAAGGGAUCUGCGGACGUCUUUCGUUCCGAUUGGCUCUGUAGUAGUUCCCCCCAGUUGUGCGCAUGCCGAUCCAUACGACGAUUUGGUCGUAAUCCCUGGAGACGUCAAGCGUUCUGAAAUUGUUAACUUGUUUCGUAAAAAGAGAUUUACGGUGCCACGUCGAAGAAAGUCUGUGCUACAGGGAAUCACAUGGAGCAGUGAUGGAAGUCCAGAAAGUGUCCGUGCGGCACAGGUCGAGAUUAUGAAGCGGUACAUGGACACUACGGUUGAUCCUUGUGAUGAUUUUUACCAGCACGCUUGCGGUAAUUGGGAUCGGGUGAACCCUAUCCCGAAGGACAAAGCCGGCUUGGAUACGUUUGAAAUUCUACGAGAAAGUUUGGAUGUUGUCUUGAAGAAUCUUUUACUUGAAACCAAAGAUGGCGGAGUGAUUGACAUAGAGAACACGAUAGCUACAACAGCGCAGCCUGCCGGAAGCGAACAUCUCAGGCGGGUGAGAAAACGGAUUAUCGGAAAACGGGCGGUGUUGAACAGGUUGCUACUGAAGGCACACAUCAAAAAAGUUCGAAAACGCGAGUUAGCACAUGUUGCCCUGGAAAAUGCGGUCAAUAAUGCGGAGUCCAAGGCACGCCAUCUGUUCAUCUCCUGUAUGAAUUACAGCCUCAUAGAGAAGCGGGGUCUUCAACCAUUGCUGGACCUUCUGAGCUCGCUUGGCGGAUGGCCGGUUCUGGAUCCAAACUGGAAGUCGGAAAACUUUGAUUGGUUAAACCUAACCGCUCAAAUUCGUAGGUACAAUAAUGAUAUUUUGAUCGUUGAAUGGGUUGGUCCAGACAUCAAGAACUCCGACAAAAACAUAAUACAGUUUGAUCAAACUUCGCUGGGACUACCGACGCGCGAUUAUUUUCUUCAAACGUCCAACAGCAAAUACCUGGAGGGUUACAAACAGUUCAUGAUUGACGUGCUUGUUCUGCUGCAUGUUAAACCGGAGGAAGCCAAACAAACUGCUGACGAUGUUAUCGACUUCGAAAUACAGCUGGCAAACAUAACCAGCUCGGUGGAGGAACGCAACAACGUUUCCGUGCUGUACAAGAAAAUGAUUCUCGAGAAUCUGCACGAUGAAGUUCCGGAGAUUGACUGGACACGUUACCUAUCGAUCGUGAUGGAUCGACCUAUGAACAGUUCCGAGUUUGUCGUGAUGUUUGCCUUGAACUAUAUGAAGGAUCUAGUCCAAUUGAUAGAUCAAACCGAGCCACGAACGGUGGCGAAUUAUAUUUUGUGGCGGUUCGUAAGACAUCGCAUCAACAAUCUGGACGAUCGAUUUUUACAGGCCAAGCAAAAGUUUUCGAAUGUUCUGUUUGGACGGGAAAAGAGUCCACCACGGUGGAAGAAUUGUGUCAAUCAGGUGAAUGCCAAUAUGGGAAUGGCUGUUGGAGCAAUGUUUGUGAGGAAAUAUUUCGACGAGAACAGCAAACGUGAUACGUUAGCGAUGACUCACGAGCUGCAGCAGGCGUUUCGGGAAAUCCUGAACGAAACCGAAUGGUUAGAUGGUCAAACAAAACGACUGGCGGAGAUGAAGGUGAAUUCUAUGUCUCUAAGGAUCGGUUACCCAGAUUUUAUUCUAUCUCACAAGGAACUGAAUGAAAAGUAUGCAGAUUUGGAGAUUGUUCCUGAAAAAUACUUUGAGAAUACGCUGAACGUUCUUAGUCAUAUUCGACGAACGGAUCAAGAUAAGAUUGGUCAAAUGGUGAAUAAAACCGCUUGGCAUACAGCUCCUGCCGUGGUCAAUGCUUACUAUAGCCGUAACAAGAAUCAAAUAAUGUUCCCUGCUGGGAUUCUACAGCCCCCUUUCUACCAUCGUCACUUUCCCAAAUCGAUGAACUUCGGUGGCAUUGGAGUCGUCAUUGGACAUGAACUAACCCAUGGAUUCGAUGACAAAGGACGUUUAUUCGAUCGUGAAGGUAAUCUGUAUCGUUGGUGGAGUGAUCAGGCUAUAGAUGCAUUCCAUGAACGAGCGUCCUGCCUGGUGCAACAGUAUGGCAAGUACACAAUCGACGAGGUGGGAGUGCAGAUUGACGGUGAAAGUACCCAGGGAGAAAAUAUCGCAGAUAAUGGUGGAAUAAAGCAAGCCUUCCGUGCAUACACUAAGUGGCUCUCGGAGCAGUCGGAUCCGGGCGUCAUAGAAAACGAAACUCUUCCAGGACUGAACGUCACCAAUACGCAGUUGUUUUUCCUGAAUUUUGCACAGGUUUGGUGUGGUGCGAUGCGCCCGGAGGCUACUAGAAAUAAACUCAAAACUGCUGUGCAUAGUCCGGGCAAGUUUCGGGUAAUUGGUACUCUGUCCAACUCGGAAGAUUUUGCUCGGGUUUAUGGAUGCGAAGUUGGAACGCCGAUGAAUCCAACCGACAAGUGCAGCGUGUGGUAAAAUUCGGCUUGCCAAGACUCAGAGACUGCAAUGAAGGCCAUCGGAUGUAGUAUAUAGACUUCAUAAAAUGCAUACAAACUGUUCCAAUGAAAGUCAUUCCUUUUACAUUAAUAAACGAUAUUAUUAGUUUUAAACGAA